AUGCUUUCCGCAGUUGAGAAAGAACGUAAGAAGGCCGAAAAGCUCGCCAAAUUCCAAGAAAAGCAGUCGAAGAAGCAAACCGCCCCCGCUCCGGCCGCUGAUGCCCCCAAGACCGCAAAGAAGGAAAAGGUCCGGAAGCCCGCCGCCGUCGAUGCCUACGAGCCCCAGAAGAUCGAAUCGGGCCGUUAUGAGUGGUGGGAGGGCAGAGGCUACUUCAAGCCACAAUUUACAAAGGACGGCAAGGUCAAGCCAGAGGGCAAGUUCGUCAUUCCGAUACCUCCACCCAAUGUGACAGGGUCACUGCACAUGGGCCACGCCCUCACGAACGCGCUGCAAGACACAAUGAUUCGACACGCAAGAAUGAAGGGAAAGACGACGGCCUGGAUUCCCGGCUGUGAUCAUGCCGGUAUAGCCACGCAGAGCGUGGUGGAAAAGAUGGUUUACAAGACCGAGGGCAAGACCCGGCACGAUCUAGGGAGAGAAGUCUUACUGGAUAGGAUUUGGAGUUGGAAGGAGAAAUACCACGCCAACAUCACCAAUCAGCUCAAACGUCUCGGAGGGUCCAUGGACUGGUCGCGCGAGGCAUUCACCAUGGACGACGAUCGCUCGUUUGCUGUGCGGAAAACGUUUGUCGACUUGUUCGAAGAGGGUAUCAUUUACAGAGCGGACAGGUUGGUGAAUUGGUGCUCUGCUCUGUGCACCUCGUUGUCGAACCUCGAAGUGGACAACAAGGAGCUCAAAGGGCGAACGAAGUUGAAGGUGCCUGGAUAUGACAAGAUGAUCGAAUUCGGCGUGCUCACCUACUUCAAAUAUCCCAUCAGCAAAGGAGACGAAUCAGACAAGUCUUCGACCUCGCCAGAUCGCUUCAAGGGAUAUGAGUUCAUCGAGAUCGCUACGACCCGUCCGGAAACCAUGCUUGGCGAUACAGCUAUUGCCGUGCACCCCGAUGACAAGAGAUACAAGCAUCUCGUGGGCAAAAUGGCCAUACACCCCUUCAUUCCAGAUCGCAAGAUCAUUAUCAUUGCGGACGAAGAAGUGGAGAUGGACUUUGGUACCGGUGCCGUCAAAAUCACCCCUGCACACGAUCCAAACGAUUUCAGCAAGGGCAAGAAGCACAACUUGGAAUUCAUCAACAUCCUCAAUGACGACGGCACGUUAAAUGCGAACGCAGGGCCCUAUGCGGGCCAAAAAAGGUUCGACGUGCGUUAUGCUGUCAUCAACGACUUGAAAGCGCUCGACCUGUACACGAAGCAGGAAGAUAACGCAAUGACGAUUCCGAUGUGCCAGAGGAGCAAAGACGUGAUUGAGCCAAUUCUGAAACCACAAUGGUGGAUGAAAAUGACUGACAUGGCCAAAGCUGCGGACGAAGCUGUCCAGGACGGCCGGAUCCUUAUCAAACCUGAAUCGGAAUCACGACGCUUCCAUUUCUGGAUGCAGAAUAUUCAGGAUUGGUGUAUUUCUCGACAACUUUGGUGGGGUCAUCGAGCACCCGCCUAUUUUGUGGAACUUGAAGAUAAGACAAGUGACGAAGCCGACAGCGCCUACUGGGUGGGGGCCAUGGACGAGGACGAGGCUCGGGCCAAGGCAGAGAAGAAAUUCCCUGGAAAGAAAUUCACGCUGAGAUGGGAUGAAGAUGUGCUCGAUACUUGGUUCUCCUCCGGCUUGUGGCCAUGGACGACGCUUGGGUGGCCGAAAGAGACUUCCGACCUGCGGGAAUUGUAUCCGACCAGCAUGCUAGAGACUGGAUGGGAUAUCCUGUUCUUUUGGGUGGCCAGAAUGGUCAUGUUGGGUCUGAAAAUGACUGGCAAUGUCCCCUUUACCGAGGUGUAUUGUCAUUCCCUGAUCCGAGAUGCAGAGGGACGGAAGAUGUCUAAGUCCUUGGGCAACGUGAUUGAUCCGCUGGACAUCAUCCGAGGUAUCACUUUGGAGGAUCUUCACAAAACAUUGUACGCGGGCAACCUUGAUCCAGCUGAGAUUGAGCGCGCCAAAACAUACCAGAAGACGGCGUUUCCUAAAGGCAUUGAGGAAUGCGGUGCCGACGCCCUGCGGUUUACUCUGGUGAAUUACACCACUGGUGGGGGCGACGUGGCCUUUGACAUCCGGGAGAUUGAAGCAAAGCGACGGUUCUGCAACAAGAUCUACCAAGCGACCAACUUUGCGCUUGGAAGACUCGGAGGAGACUUCGUCCCUGAUGCGAGACCAACGGACAACAAACCACAAUCACUGGCAGAGAAGUGGAUUCUGCACAGACUCAACAUCGCCGCGCAGGAGGUCAACGAUGCCAUUGAGGGGCGGGAGUUCUCUGUGGCUGCAGGCACUCUCUAUCAAUACUGGUUCACCCAGCUGUGCGACACAUUCAUCGAGAACUCGAAAUACAUCCUCACCCCGGACGCUCCUGAGGAGGAGAGAAAGUCGGCUCAGCAGACUUUGUACACAGCGCUUGAGGGUGGUCUGCUGCUGAUGCAUCCUAUUAUGCCCUUCUUGACAGAGCACUUGUGGCAGAAGCUUCCCCGUCGGAAAGGUGACACGACUGAGAGUAUCAUGAUCGCGAAAUUCCCCGAGUUCAACGAGAAAUUGGACGCUCCUCAAGAAGCUCAGAAGUACGAGUUCAUCAUGGACAUUGCGUCGGGUAUGCGAAGCUUGCUCUCGCAAUACGCCUUCAAGGAACCCGGAGACCUGAUCAUCCAAACUUACUCGGAUUCAGCUUUCAAGACUGUGUCGGAGGAACAGACGUCCAUCAAAUCUCUGGGUGGCAAAUAUGCUGGCAAGAUUGAAGUCCUGCCACCGGCUACGAAUUCCAUCCCACCGGCUGGGUGUGCUCUGCAGAGCAUCAGCGCCGAUGCGGCCGUGUAUCUCAAGAUUGCUGGACGGAUUGAUGUGGCUGAGGAGCUGAAGAAGCGCCAGAAGAGCAUUGAGGAUGCCAAAUCCCGCGCGGAGAAGAGCAAGAAGAUCAUGAGCGGAGCCGGGUGGGAGAAGGCGAGCAAGGAUACGAGGAAAAAGGAGGAAGAGAAACUGCAGGACGCCGAGAGCGAGGUGAAGAGAUUGGAGGAGGCAAUCAAAGACCUGGAACGGUUGAAGCUGGAGGGUUGA